GGCAGGAGCGGUGCUAGGCAGGGGUGGGGUGGCCCAGCCCCGGGAUCGGGAGCCGGGGAAGGAGCCGGGCACCGAACUGAGGGCGGGGGAAGCGGCGCCGAAGUUUGCCUCGCACUCGCUGGGCGCAGCGGCGGCUCCCUCGGCCAAGGUUUAUUUUCUUGAAAAGGCUCCAGGCUUCGGCUUGGAAAAUCCCACCGCCAAAAUUGAGCCCAGCAGCUGGAGCGGCAGCGAGAGCCCUGCCGAAAACAUGGAAAGGAUGAGUGACUCUACAGAUAAGCCCAUUGACAAUGACGCGGAAGGGGUCUGGAGCCCUGACAUCGAGCAGAGCUUUCAGGAAGCCCUGGCUAUCUAUCCACCAUGUGGGAGGAGGAAAAUCAUCUUAUCAGACGAAGGCAAAAUGUAUGGUAGGAAUGAAUUGAUAGCCAGAUACAUCAAACUCAGGACAGGGAAGACGCGGACCAGAAAACAGGUGUCUAGUCAUAUACAGGUCUUAGCAAGAAAGAAAGUUCGAGAAAUUCAAGCCGCCAUUAAGGUGUCUAGUCACAUUCAGGUUCUUGCCAGAAGGAAAUCUCGUGAUUUUCAUUCCAAGCUAAAGGUAACAAGCAUGGAUCAGACUGCAAAGGAUAAGGCCCUGCAGCACAUGGCGGCCAUGUCCUCAGCCCAGAUCGUCUCGGCCACUGCCAUUCACAACAAGCUGGGGCUGCCUGGGAUUCCACGCCCGACCUUCCCGGGGGCGCCAGGGUUCUGGCCGGGAAUGAUCCAAACAGGGCAGCCAGGAUCCUCACAAGACGUCAAGCCCUUCGUGCAGCAGGCCUACCCCAUCCAACCAGCGGUCACGGCCCCCAUUCCAGGGUUUGAGCCUGCGUCAGCCCCAGCUCCCUCAGUCCCCGCCUGGCAGGGUCGAUCCAUUGGCACAACCAAGCUUCGCCUGGUGGAAUUUUCAGCUUUUCUCGAACAGCAGCGAGACCCAGACUCGUACAACAAACACCUCUUCGUGCACAUUGGGCAUGCCAACCAUUCUUACAGUGACCCAUUGCUCGAAUCAGUGGACAUUCGUCAGAUUUAUGACAAAUUUCCUGAAAAGAAAGGUGGCUUAAAGGAACUGUUUGGAAAGGGCCCUCAAAAUGCCUUCUUCCUCGUAAAAUUCUGGGCUGAUUUAAACUGCAAUAUUCAAGAUGAUGCCGGGGCUUUUUAUGGUGUAACCAGUCAGUAUGAGAGUUCUGAAAAUAUGACAGUCACCUGUUCCACCAAAGUUUGCUCUUUUGGGAAGCAAGUAGUAGAAAAAGUAGAGACGGAGUAUGCAAGGUUUGAGAAUGGACGAUUUGUAUACCGAAUAAACCGCUCCCCGAUGUGUGAAUAUAUGAUCAACUUCAUCCACAAGCUCAAACACUUACCAGAGAAAUAUAUGAUGAACAGUGUUUUGGAAAACUUUACAAUUUUAUUGGUGGUAACAAACAGGGAUACACAAGAAACUCUCCUCUGCAUGGCCUGUGUAUUUGAAGUUUCAAAUAGUGAACAUGGAGCACAACAUCAUAUUUACAGGCUUGUAAAGGACUGAACAUGGUUAUUUAUAUAUAUAGAUAUCUGUAUAUACACACACAUAUGUGCACACACACACUCUCUCUCCAUUAUCGAACGACUGACUGUAAACCUCACCACACAGGGUGGUGCCCUGGCCCCCGAGGUCACCCCAACUUUUCUAAAUCCUGUUUGAGUGAAGUCAUUUUUUCAUGUGUUCAUACUAUCAUUGUAGCUGUGAAGUUCUGGUACAGUUGUAAAAAGAGAAA